AUGGAUGAUUUGCAUGGGUCUGGCGACGGGUUAUCUGAGUCGUCGACGACUGAGGAAAUGGCCCAGGCGUCGAGGAGCGUGCCCACUGGUAUUGGCGAGCGCCACAAGUACAGUAUCGUGAGCGAAUACGGACUCGACUCUUGCGCGUUGAGCGGCAUCCACGGUGUGGAUGGCGACCGUGUGCUGUCUACGGUGCCCGUUGUUAAACCUGCGGCGCCCGUUGUUGCGACUGAGGGUCGUCGUCUUCAGCAGCUGUGUUUGCUGCGAGUCGAGCUGAGCAAGGCUCUGGACCGUUACACGGGUCUGCUGCACCAUAGCAACGAGAACGUGUCGUGCGACGUGCGAAGUGACAGCGAGGUGUUGGAGGCGCUUGACCGGACGUUGCGUCUGUUGUCGACUGUGGAGUCCAAGCUCUGA